AUGAACAAGGUCGCCUUGGCCCUCAGCAAAACGUCCUUUGCAGUCACAAUGUUGCGCAUUGCGUCUGGGAAACUGAAGGUUUUCAUUUGGUUUCUGAUCAUAUCCAUGAACGCAGUCUUGGCAACUAGCGCUGUUGUCGCUUGGAAGGCGGCCUGCGACAGGCCGUCAGACUCUUAUGAAGCUGUCCUACCCGGAUCUUGCUGGCGAGUUGAGGAUUCGGUCAUUAUGCACAUGGUGUCGAAUGCAUACUCGGCACUGGUUGACUUCAUCUUGUCUCUGCUCCCAUGGCCAAUGAUAUGGAGACUAGGCCUGAAGCGCCAUGAAAAGAUUGGGUUAGUCGGGGUGAUCAAGGUCAUCAAAAUAGUGACUAUUGCCGAGGGCGCAGAUAUACCAUAUCGCUUAUCUCUGCUCUUUAUAUGGGGACAAGCCGAGAUCAACGUCACAAUCGUUGCGUCAUCUAUCCCGGUUCUGCGAGUCCUUUUCACGGAGAUGUACGCAACGUCGAGAUCGGAUGAGAGAAAUGGAUACUUGAAGUCGGAUGGACAGAGUGCCUUCCCAACAGAAAUUGGCAUGAACACUCUAGAGGAAGGAAGGAAGAUAGAGGAAGAGACGAAUCGUAACGUUCUGCUAGCCAUGGGUCCAUCGACGGCCACCAACUCCGCCAUGAAAGCUCACGAGACUGGAAUUGGAUACAACGCAAUGGACGAGAUUACGCAGGGAACAAGCAGGCACACAUUGAGGAACUCUGAAAGCUACGAGGGGAUUGAGCUAGCGAGAGCCCUGAGGUGA